ACUGUCUUACGUAUAGAAAUCUGAGUGCUUUGUUUUUGUAGGUACUAAACAUAAAGUAAAUGAAUUUAUUAAUGAAGGAUUAACAAUAGUAAAUAGGUAAAUAAAAAGUAUUAAAUAGCAGCACAGAAAUUGGCGAAUGGAUACGCAAUAGUUAUUCAUUCGGUCAAUAAUUCAGUGGCGGGAAUCGGGAAUGUUACGAGACGAAAACAGUUUGACAGAUUGAUUGACAAAAUAUCUUUUCACAACAAACAAAAUAAUAGUUGAUGGGAAAUAAAUAAAUUGAUCAAUCGAAUAAAGAAAAUGAAGAAUGUGUCAGCUCUAAAAUCAGAUUCCACUAACUCUCCCAAAACUCCUGGCGGGAUUAGUAAGUCUCUUUUAACUCCUUGUCGAAGAGUUGGUCUUUCACGGAAUUGGAGAAACAAGGGACCUUCGCCGUUUAUAUCUCCUCUGUCUGGCAGUACUCCGACUUUAAGAGAAGUAACCAAUGAUACGAGGAAGCGAAAAUCUCUUGUUCUAGACGACAAUAUUGAAAAAACUUCCGAAGUGUCUGAUGUUGACAACACAAGUGAAAUUCAAGUUGAACAAAGUAGCGAAAUUGAUAAAACCCCGUCCAGAAAUGUUCAAUUGCCUCGUAAAAAGAAAUCUAAGACAUUAUUAACAGCUAUAAAUCGUUCUCAAGAGGAUGUGAGUACUAAUUUAGAAGUAACUAAUGAAACCAGUGCAAUAACCAUAAAGGAAGACACUUCUGAAGACGUAAGUUUUCAAAACAUUGAGAAUAUUGACGAAGUUUCCACUCCAGUACGGACUAGGUCGAAAAAAUCGAAAAAGCAAUCUCCAAGAGUAAGAGCUCUUUCUAAAAAUAAUAAAAAUGCAGAUAUAGCAUCAGAAGUAAGUGCCAAUGAGACAAAUGAUAUCAAAAUUGGUUCAGAUUCUGAAAAUUGUAAGGACCCAAAAGAUGAAGAAUACAAAAUCAAAGAAAGAAGUCCAAAUGAUUUAAGAAAAGAGUGCAUAGUUGUCAUACAAAGAAAGAUAUUUAAAAGAACUGAAGAUAGUAUUACAGAGACGGAGAAAAAUGAAGAGAAACAAAAUAACUCCACAUCUCAAGCAUUAUUUGAUUCUGAUUCAGAUGAGAUACCUUUAAAUCAAUUAAAUUCAGCAAAAAAUAAGUCAGAGAAAGCUAAUGAAGAAGAGAAGAAAACUACAACAGAGAAUAUAAUUGAUAUUACCGAAGAUGAUGAUUUUGUGGACAAAUCAACCAAAGUAAAUGUUAACAAAGUCAAAGAGAAAGAAAUGAAAUCUCCUAAACAUAAAUUAAAAACCAAUAAACCACUGAAACUUAAACCAGAAAAAGUCAAAGUACAACCUAAACCUUCUUCACAAAGCUCUUACGAUGAUGAUGAUGAUGAUUUUGACACCAACAAAAAAACGAUUAUAAUCAGGAAAACAUAUGAAAAAGUUAGCAAACCUUUAAAAGCAAAGUCUACGGGUUCCAUAACCCAACAAGACAUUGAUGAACUUAAAGCAAGGAUAGAGACAAAGAAAAAACUCCUGUUAGCGCAAUCCAUAAACCCAGAUACAGCAGAAUUAAGGAAUUUAAUAAAAAAAUGGCAAAAGGGAUGUCAAAAUGCUUUGAUGGAACUUUUAGACCUAAUGAAAACCAAGUUUCAUGAUAAACAGGAUAUGGACUGUACUGAAAUGUUGAGAACUUUGAAAAUACCUCCGUCUUUAGUUGGCUAUGAUGCUGAAAAUGAUUGUUUUAACGAACCUAAUGAUGCUAGCAUUAUCUUACAUAAAUUCCAGGAUUUAUAGCUAUAAGUUAUGUUAUUUUAAGAGUUAUUUAAUUUAAUAUUAAAGUUGUUAUUGAGUAAUUUGUAAUGUAUUUCUUUUGUAUGUACACAGUUUGUAGAUUUGAAGUUUAAUAUGUCCAGUGGCCUUUAUGCAAUUAGUCAUUUUUCCCUGAGCGAUUGUCACAACUAUAUACUUAGUAGGUAUUUUUUAAUUGUACAAUUAGUUUGGUUCUAUUGUGUUGAACACAUUACUAAUUAAUAUUAUUUAAGUUUUUAUUACUUAUGGAAUCUACAUUUCCCAUAUAAUCCCAUAUAAUUUAUGGGACAAAACAUAUGUACUAAUACUGUUAGAAAGGUUACAUAAAGAUAGCUUAUUUACUGAAUGACAAACCAAUUUAUUUAA